GAUUGACAAACCACAACAUUGGAUCCUGUUCCUCCACAAAGGAAUUAUUGAGAUUUUGAGGAUUAAAUAGGGGGAUCAAUCAGACUAUUCGACUGAAACACGUGCACAGUAAUCUUUAUCUAUGAAAAACAUGCCAGUAGAGCUGAAUAGCUUGACAGAGGGAUGGCUCGAGUUAGAAAGCGACCCAGGAUUGUUUACCCUAUUGUUAGAGGAUUUCGGCGUAAAAGGGGUUCAGGUAGAAGAGAUUUAUGACUUACACAAACCCUUGGAAAGUCCGGUAUAUGGGUUUAUCUUCUUAUUCCGAUGGAUAGAAGAGCGCCGCUCCCGCAGGAAGUUCGUGGAACAGAUUGAAAGUUUCGUACGCGAUGAAGAGACUAUAAACAAUAUAUUCUUUGCUCAGCAAAUGGUCCCGAACAGUUGCGCCACUCAUGCGUUGCUGUCUAUACUAUUAAACUAUCCUAAUCUUCAUUUAGGAGAAACACUAAGCAGAUUAAAGCACCAUACUCUUGGAAUGAACCCAGAGAACAAAGGUUGGGCCAUUGGGAACACUCCAGAGUUGGCUUGUGCUCACAACUCUCAUGCCAUACCACAAGCCAGGAAGAAGACUGAUAAAAAUGCUGGUGUGUCCACUGGACGAUUCACAGGUGAAGCAUACCACUUUGUAUGUUUUGUGCCAAUCAAUGGCCAUUUGUUUGAGCUGGAUGGACUCAAGCCAUACCCUACGGAUCAUGGGCCAUGGGCAUCUGAUGAGGACUGGACAGAUAAGUUUAGGAGAGUCAUGGCCGAGAGACUUGGAAGAGAUGCUGGAGAACAAGUACAUGAUAUAAGGUUUAACCUAAUGGCUGUUGUACCUGAUAGGCGGCUAGCACUAACUCAGAAGCUGAACGCGCUUGAACUUAACCAGAAGAGGGUAAAGGAAGCAAUCUCAAAAAUAGGAAAGCAUUUACGACAUUUACUUUCGAAACGCAGGGAAGUUAACGAACAAGGUGAAUUAUUAUCAGAAGGCAGCAAUGAGAACUCUUUAAAUGAAAAUAUAGUGCAAAUCAGUGAGGAGACAAUACUGACUGCUUUGGAGUCAUCACAACUGCAGUUGUAUGAUGUGGACUAUACAAGACCCAUGACUAUUGAGAUUGGAGCUAAUGAUCGGCCACAGCAAGACAGCAGCAUUAUUUUAGUGGAUCCAGUAGAACAGGGUGCAGUUGUAAAGUUUGUCACAAUCAACAGAGACAAUCAAAUAGUAGGAGAUCUGUACCCCACCUCCAUCACAGCUCUAGUGAAGAGCAAUGAUUCUCCCAUAUUAGUGUGUUGUGAGACAGAACCUGAUCAACCAAUCAAACUGAAGAAACUAUUGCUAACACACUCGGAACUGAAUGCUUUGAUGAGCAGUAUCGUUAAUGAGGUUCAGCAAUGUCAGCAAGCUCUCAAUGAUGAGAAUGAUAAAAGGGAUAUGUAUAAGGUGGACGACUGCCGGCGCACACACAACUACGAUGAGUUUAUAUGCACUUUCCUAUCAAUGCUGGCUGAACGCGGUGCGUUGGGAGAAUUGGUUGCUGCACAGCUAGAACGCGGCCGGUCUUCGCGAGCUCGCAGGCGCAGGCCCCGCCCCCGCCCCCGAGCCAGGCCUAGGCCUAGACCCCGCGCACGGAAAUAACGUGCUCAUAGAACAUGCCUACGCCAUAAUGCAUUAGUAACUUUGUUUUUGUUCUGUGCAGCUAUAUAUAUGAACGCAUAGUAUAUUCGUGUAUAGUGCGUGUAGCUGAUGGUAUAGUCGCGAUUUCAAUCCCCGCCUAACUCCACUUCUAGUGUAAGCAUAUCUAUAUAGUUUGAAAAUAUUAAGUAGCUUUAAAUGAGUACUCCUAUAAGUACAUUUAUUUUUAAGUGGUAUUCUUUUACAAUUUACCAUCUCGCAUCAUUUGCGUUUAUUUAUUCUUGUAAGAACAUUUAUGAAGCAGGACUACGUAAAUGUUAUCUUACUUUAUUAAUUUUGUUUUUUGUGAAUAUUUAAAUAAAAAAAAGGACAAGGAUAAGAAGUAAUAAACAGGAUUUUUAAAAA